AUGGCGGCGCGAUCCUGGAGCGGCCCCGAGCGCCUGCGCUGCCGGGCGCUGCGUGCUUUCCGAACCCGGGCCACCUUCCCCGCGGGCCGUGAACCCUUCUAUGCAAAUGAGCCCCUGAAGCGGCCGCCCGACCCUCUCACCUUCCCGCACACACCGCCUUGUGUUUGCCCCCCAGACUCGGAGAAGCCGCCGCUGUCCCCGGAGUCCUCGGAGCAGCGCCCGCAGGCCCCGACCAAGAAGCUCCGCAAGCCGAGGACCAUCUACUCGAGUCUGCAACUGCAGCACCUGAACCAGCGUUUCCAGCACACACAGUACCUGGCGCUGCCCGAGAGGGCCCAGCUGGCCGCGCAGCUCGGCCUCACCCAGACCCAGGUAAAGAUCUGGUUUCAGAACAAACGCUCCAAAUACAAGAAGCUCCUGAAGCAGAACUCUGGAGUACAGGAAGGGGACUUGCCUGGGAGAGCCCCCUCCUUAUCUCCCUGCUCCCCGCCCCUUCCAUCCCUCUGGGAUCUGCCCAAGGCAGGGGCCCUGCCCACCGGUGGCUAUGGCAACAGCUUUGGAGCCUGGUAUCAGCAUCACUCCCCAGAUGUCCUGGCUCCAUCUCAGAUGAUGUGAGUCCCGGGAAGGGUGGGUCAGGACCCUGUCCUCCACAAAGCCCAGGACCCAGCCCACCUGCACCCCUUCUGGUCCCAGAGGAAACCAGCUCCAGAUGGAUUUUGUCAAGUGGACAAGAAGUUAGAGGAGAACAAGGAUGAGGUGGAGUCCUCUCUCCCUUGCCCUGUAACCCAAACUGCCUAAUCAGGACUUUGGUCUUAACCACCGGCCCCACCAUGACCGUGGACUGGACCCGUUCCCUCCAGCUGAUCAGGGGCUCUGGAGGGAGAGUUAUCGGCUGACUUCCCACCCCUUCCCUGGACUGCAGUCUACCAUGGCCUGGAGGCAAAACAAAGAAACACUUGAGUAUUUUUUCCUCUCUGUGUGCCUUGGGCCUCACCCAACCCUGUUACGAGCAAAAGCAGAAGUGAAGUGGGCAUCCUCUGUCUUCACGAUGAGGACCAUCGGGUCCCCCCUCACCGAUUUUCCCUGGUGGUUGGCCCAUUAUCCCCAUGACUGAUACACCUCCUCACCAUCUUGUGAGUGGAAAAGAUGCCGAAAAUGUGGAGUUUGUGGACCUGUGGGUAACUCAUGCUCUUCUCCUAAAAAAGCCUUCUUCUUCCCAUGUCUAUUCAGUUAUGGUAGAUAACACAUCCAAUUAUCCUUGUAA